CCAACAAAAUCAGUUCAAUUUUGAACAUCACGAGCGUUGAAAGCAACAUCUUGCUAUUCUUUAUGAUUUUUUGCAAGUGCAUACAAAUGUAUAACCGGUCAUUUGUUAAAUUUUUUAGAUUUAACUCAAAAGUGUUGUUUUACUGAUAGUAAAAUUGUUUGUGUACAGUGUCAAAAAUAUUAACCAAAAAAGUUAUUUCAGUGCGGAAAGGACAAUACUUUUUUGUUAUUGCUUAAAAAGACGCUUGAAUGGUGGUUAUAAAAAGUGACGAAUAUCCAAACAUUAUACUGAAUUUGCCAAGAAAACGAAAUUGUUUGCAAGACUUAUUAAAAAGUGACUUUACAGUUCACAGCGAAUCACAUUUCACUGACAAACCCGUUAUUUGUGAUAUACUAAACAAUUGUGAAGACUGUUCAAAAAUGGCCGCUUUGCCCCAAGGAGCCUUUGCCGCAAGUAAAUUGCGCGAAUUAAAUAAUAGGGACUUACUGAUAGCUCGCAUAAAGAGCAACACUGAUAAAAAUGAAACAAAAAAUAUUAAUACUAAUAAAAAAUUGACUGAAUAUACACCGGCAAAAUAUAAUGAUAAGUUGAUGAAUUCUAUUUGGGGUUUCUACAAUCGUUAUUCUCCCCACAAUAUAAAGGGCAACGAAUACGAAUUUUCGGAAAAAGACUAUAUUAUGCAACAGCACAUUGCUGUUGCAUCCUACGCUAUUGCUGAAGAUUUGGCAAUGGCUCUACGUUCCGGUAAGGAAUGGGAUUUACGUGAGAAGUAAAGCAAUACUAUUUUUUAAUAUUGCUUAAAAUUUGGCGCAAAAAUUUUUUUAUACUUUCAAUUAUUUAAGAAAUAUGAAUUUGUUAAAUGAUCAGUAACUUUAUAAAUUGAUUUAUGAAUGAAAAUAUAUUCAAAGCAGAUGAUAGCAUAAAAA